AUGCCUCUCUACAACUCUCUACCAGAUAGCAUCCUUACCGAUGGCGUCGACGUGAUCAUUGCUGGAGGCGGUACAGCAGGAUGCGUGGUUGCCUCCCGCCUCGCAGAGGCUGAUCCGAACCUUUCGAUCCUCGUUAUCGAGCAAGGUAUCAACAACUUCAACCUCCCACAAUGCAUCUAUCCAGCUCUGUUCCCGAAGAACUUGCUCGUUGACAACGAAACGGCUACAGCUCUGUUUUGGAAAGGCAACAAGUCUGCCUUGCUUGGUGAUCGCGAGCCAAUCGUGCCGUCUGGCGGGGUUCUAGGGGGUGGGAGCAGCAUAAACUGGAUGGUAUAUACGAGAGCACAGCGCAGUGACUUUGACAGCUGGAACACGCCAGGAUGGAGUGCGAACGAAGGUUGGCAAUAUCCGCCAGAGCGCGAUCGCGAGCAUCACGGCGACUCUGGUCCUGUGAACGUCUCAUCCGGCACUUUCCGAGCUAGGCAUGCUGAGGACGAGUUCAUCGAUGCAGCUGCCAAGCUUGGUUAUCGCGAGCUCAAAGACUUGCAGAAUCUCGAUGCGAACAACGGCACUGAACGCUGGCUGCGCUACGUCGGGCCCGAUGGCAAGAGACAAGAUGCUGCUCAUCGCUUUCUUCAUCCAAAGCUGCAGAGUGGAGGAUAUCUCAACCUUCACGUUCUGGUCGAGACUCAAGUCGUGCGGGUCAUCUUCGAUGAAAACAAGCGAGCUGUAGGCAUUGAGUACCAGCCGAACCCAAGGUAUAGAUCCGACGGCAAGCCACAGGUGGUCAAAGCUUCAAGAAUGGUCGUCCUCUCCGCUGGUGCGAAUGGAACACCACUCAUCCUCGAGCGAUCUGGCGUAGGUGAUCCUGAGAUUCUCAAACGUGCUGGCGUCCCCCUUGUGGAGCCUGUUACCAAUGUCGGCAAAGAGUAUCAAGAUCACCACCUCAGUCUCUGGGCAUAUCGGACAGACCUUGGCCACCGAGACACCAUCAACGGAUUCUCUGAUGGUCGCUUUGAUGUUGCAGAUGCAAUCCGCAAAAACGAUGAGCUUCUAGGUUGGAAUUCCAUGGAUGCCUCUGGCAAGUUCCGACCAACGGAGCGUGAAGUUGCCAACCUCGGUCCUGCCUUUCAGAAAGCAUGGGAACGAGACUUCAAACACGCCCCAGAUCGUCCUCUCAUGAUAAUCGCCAUGUACCUCUCCUACUUCGGUGACCAUACUACUCUUCCAGACUCGGCCGAGUACGUGUCGAUGGCAUGCUGGACAGCCUACCCUUACUCGCGCGGCCAUAUUCACAUCACAGGUCGCAGCCUCGAUGAUCCCAUCGACUUCGAUACGGGAUAUCUCAACGACGAGAAGGAAGGGUAUGUCGACGUUAAGAAGCAUAUAUGGUCGACGAAGAUCUAUCGCGGCGAGCUUGCUUCUUCUCAUCCCAAGUUCCCGGCUGGGUCGAAGGCUGCGGUAGUUGAGAGGGCAUUAGGACCGGUCCCGGAUGAUGCGCCGUUCAUACAGUAUUCGAAGGAAGAUGAUGCGGCGAUCGAGCAGAAGGUGAGGGAGACUGUGUCCACCACGUGGCAUAGUCUAGGUACAUGCAAGAUGUCUCCUCGUGAAAAGGGUGGUGUUGUCGACAGGACCCUAAGCGUGUACGGCGUUAAAGGCCUCAAGCUUGCUGACUUGAGCAUUCCACCGGAGAAUGUUGGUGCGAACACUAACAACACUGCUCUUAUGAUAGGCGAGAAAGCGGCCGACUUGUUUAUCAAGGAGCUCGGCAUCAAAGCCAGGAUAUAA